AUGGCGGACACUGUCUCGAAGCAUCGAGCUGAGUUUGCCUUUGCUCAGCUUGAGAACGAGAGAGCUCUGACAUCUCUUCGUGACGAGCUAAGGGUAGCUCGUGGGAUUGUUGAUCGGUCUCGGGAUGAGAUAACUGCUCUUCAGACCCUUGUCGAUGCCCACCAUCGGGAGCACAAGGCUCUCUGCAAGAUGCUUGAGCGCAAGGGCGUUCUUCAUCGGAAGAAGCAGCGUAGUGAUGGUACAGCUUAA